AUGUCAAAGCAGGUCCUGCAAGGGUUGAAUGGCACACACAGUGAUGAAGAACCUGUGUACAGAGAAGCAAAGAAUUAUGGUAACCAUGACAAUAAAUUCUCUGAGGUUUUAACAAUUGUGUUUGCCAGCCAGAUUAAUGGUCAAAAUCUCAACUCUUUGCCUUUAGGGUUGGAGGUCCACGACCCUUGGGAAGUGGUGUACACAGAGGUCAAGAAAAGCGGUGUUGUGGAAAAGGAAGUGAUCCUCGAGUGUGGUCCCUCCCUUCCAGACGUCUACAUCUGGGGUUUCACCAAGCCAGGCACGGAGACCCUCCGAGCAGUGGUCUACAACUUUGGCAGAGGCCCUAAGAUACAGCGGCUGACCAGAUCACUGGGAGAGCUGAGUGUCAACGACAGCAGUGCCUCCAUCUCCAUUGCCAAGCUGCCCCUGGCUGCACAGGGACUCUACACAUGCCAGGCACUUUAUGACACUGCCCAAGGAGCCAGACUUUACUAUUACUACAUAUAUCUACGUGUAUUAGUGCCAGUAACGAGGCCGACCGUCGUCUCCAGCGAUUCCUCUCCAGCAGAGGGUUCAUCCACACGGAUGCGCUGUGGUCUUGAAAAUGGCACUGAACCCAUUGACUACAUCUGGGAGCAAGAAAAUAAGGAGGGCGCCAUCAGUGUCUUGGCACAGAGCAACAACAGCGUGCUUGACCUUGCUUACGUCACCCGCAACCACACUGGGUGGUAUAGGUGCUUGGCACGUAAUGAAGUGAACCAAGUGCUUAGUGAGCGUUUCUGGCUGGAUGUCUUCUUUGGACCAGAUUUGCCUCGAAUUGACAUACGCCCUUACUCUGUCACGGAACAAGGUUACUCUGUCUUGGAGAGGGAAACAGUGUCCCUCACAUGUCAAGCAUCCUCUCAUCCUCUAAGCCAGUAUGUCUGGUUAUACAACAGCUCCCAGGUGGACAGUGGACCAAUGCUCAGUCUCCCCAGCAUCUCGCGUGGGCAGACAGGUCUCUACACUUGCCUCUCUGAGAACAAGUACAUCAACACCAGCUCUGAGAAAACCGUCUCUCUCUCGGUCUAUUAUCCCCCAGAUGGAUCUCCAUCCUGUACAGUUCGUCCUACCAACAACUACACAGAUCUGACCCUCUGGUGUUCAUGGGAAGGGGGAUACCCUCACGCCUCUCUACACUGGAGCCCGUUCCUGCCAGGGGCAAAUGGGCAGGGCUACGCUAAUGCCACUCUCACCCAGAGAGGGCCAGGCACUGCAAACAACUCUGUGUUUGAGUGUCAUGGCUCCCAUGUUGCCCUGAAGACAUCCAGGAGCUGCAGCACCAGGACAUGGCACCCUCCAGGAGAACCCCAAUGCUAUGCUAACGCUACUCUGGACAGUGAGCACCUGGUACUGUCCUGCUCCUGGGAGGGUGGAUUUCCCAGAGCGCUGAUCUGGUGGUCGUCCAGUAAUGGAGACACCAGGGGGACAUAUGAGGAGAGCAGCAAUACUCUAGUGCUGCCCUCUAAUGUUACUCACGACAGCAAGCCCUUCACGUGUCUCGCUCAGCACCCCUUAUUUGCAGUGAGGAGAGAGUGUGUCCUGAAGAUAGAUCCCCCAGGCGGAAUUCCAUCAUGCACCAUUAUUCCUACCAACAACUACACAGAUCUGACCCUCUGGUGUUCAUGGGAAGGGGGAUACCCUCACGCCUCUCUACACUGGAGCCCGUUCCUGCCAGGGGCAAAUGGGCAGGGCUACGCUAAUGCCACUCUCACCCAGAGAGGGCCAGGCACUGCAAACAACUCUGUGUUUGAGUGUCAUGGCUCCCAUGUUGCCCUGAAGACAUCCAGGAGCUGCAGCACCAGGACAUGGCAUCCACAAGGAGAUCCCCAAUGUUAUGCUAAUGCUACUCUCAACAAUGAGCACCUGAUCUUAUCUUGUUGGUGGGAGGGAGGCUUUCCCACAGCGCUUCUCUGGUGGUCCUCUGGUGCUGGAGAACAGCUGGGAGCAUCGGCGGAGAGCACCAAUACUCUAGUGCUGCCCUCCAGUGUCACCUACAGCAGCAGGUCCCUCACAUGCCAUGCUCAACACCCAUUAUUUUCAGAGAGGAAAGACUGUGCUCUAAAAAUAGAUCCCCCUGAUGGAUCUCCAUCCUGUACAGUUCGUCCUACCAACAACUACACAGAUCUGACCCUCUGGUGUUCAUGGGAAGGGGGAUACCCUCACACCUCUCUACACUGGAGCCCGUUCCUGCCAGGGGCAAAUGGGCAGGGCUACGCUAAUGCCACUCUCACCCAGAGAGGGCCAGGCACUGCAAACAACUCUGUGUUUGAGUGUCAUGGCUCCCAUGUUGCCCUGAAGACAUCCAGAAGCUGCAGAAUCAGCACAUGGUAUCCACCUGGUGAAGCUCAAUGUUCUGCCAUGGCUACGCAAAACAAUGAGAAGCUGGUAUUAACCUGUUCCUGGGAGGGAGGUUUGCCUAGAGCAUUGCUCUGGUGGCUGUCCAGUAGUGGAGACACUCUAGGGAAAUCCAAGGAGAGCAGCAAUACUCUAGUGCUGCCCCCCAGUGCUGCCCUCAGUGGCCAGUCCUUUGUGUGUCAUGCUAAACACCCAUUACUUGCCCAGCGGAAAUCGUGUGUUUUGAAACUAGAGGCUCCAGUCCUUGAGACACAGCGCAGCACAGUCUCUGUCUACGAGGGGGGCGAUGUUGAAAUCACCUGCACAGCAAGGGACAACUAUUUUCCCUCAAACAUCACCUGGUACAACCACCUGAAACAACAUGUAAUAGAGUCACCCUCCAAGUAUGUUCUGAAGCACGCAGGAGGCUGGACCAAUCUCACCGUGAAAGCGACUGAUAGCCAGACCGACAGCGGGCAGUACUGGUGCUCAGCAACCAACGCAGUGGGGGAAACAGAGAUUCCCAUUCACCUGCUGGUGAACAGACAUCCAGUGCCUCCCAAUGUGACCAUCAGCAAAAUCAUCUUCAGUGGCCAUGGGCGGACAGAAGCCAAUCUGAAUUGGGACACAACAGCUCAGGGUGAAAUUACUGAGUUCAUCAUUGAGCGCCGCCAGCUCCCUCUAUCCAGCGGGAAAACAAAAACUGAGCCUCCCUGGCAAGAGGUGGCAUCCAAACUGGCACCUGGCACUCGAAGCUACGAGAUGAGAGGCCUCGACCCGACUAGACUCUACGCCGUCAGAAUCAGAGCGGUUAAUCAUCUCACCCUGGGGAAUCCCUCUGAGGAGAAAGUGCCUGAAGCGGUGCCUGUGACAAAACCAUCCAUCGUCCUGAGCCAUUCCUCUCCAGCCGAGGGCUCAUCCAUAUGGAUGCGCUGCGACCUAGAAAAUGGCACUGAACCCAUUAGCUACCUCUGGGAGCAGGAAAGUAAAGAGGGCACAACCAGUAUCCUGGCACAGGGCACCAACAACAACCUGGUCAAUGUUACCAUGGUUACACGUAACCAUGCAGGUUGGCACAGGUGCAUUGUGGGAAACGAGGUCAGCCAAGAACAAAGUAAACGCAUAUCACUUAAUGUUGUCUUUGGGCCAGAUGUGCCUCACAUCGAGGUCACCCCACGCUCCGUCACAGAACAGGGCUACUCUGCCUUGGAGAAGGAAACGGUCUCCCUCAUGUGUCAAGCGUCCUCCAACCCUCCUAGUCAGUAUGUCUGGUUCUACAACAACUCCCAGGUUCACGCGGGACAAAUGCUGACCGUCCGCAACAUCCCCAGGACCAGCUCAGGCCACUACACCUGCCUGGCUCAGAACACAAACCUCAACACUCGCUCCAAGAAAAGCAUCACCCUCACUGUUUACUAUCCCCCAGAUGGAACUCCAUUGUGCACCAUCCUUCCAACCAACAACUACACAGAUUUGACCCUCUGGUGUUCAUGGGAAGGGGGGUCCCCUCACGCCUUGCUGCGCUGGAGUCCAUUCCUGCAAGGCAUGUCCAGACAGGGUUAUGCCAAUGUCAGCUUCAUCCAGAGAGGGCCGGCCACUGCAAACAACUCUGUGUUUGUGUGUCAUGGGUCACAUGUUGCCCUGAAUGUAUCAACAAGCUGCAGCACCAGGACAUGGCAUCCUCCAGGGGAACCCCAGUGUUACGCCUACGCCACCCGCAACAAUGAGUACCUGAUGUUCUCAUGCUCCUGGGAGGGGGGGUUUCCCAGAGCGUUGCUAUGGUGGGCCUCCAGCAUGGGAGAAGCCCAGGGCAAAUCUGAGGAGAACUCCAAUAUUCUAGUGCUGCACUCCAGUGCCACCUACAGUGGCAAGUCCUUUGUGUGUCACGCUCAGCAUCCACUGUUCUCAGAGAGGAAGCAGUGUGUCCUGAAGCUAGAGGCUCCAGUGCUGGUGACCCAGCGCAGCAUGGUCUCUGUGUAUGAGGGGAGUGACGUGCAGCUCACCUGCAUACUGAAGGCAAACUAUCCAGCCACCGAGAUCACCUGGUACAACAACCUGAAGCAGCACGUCAUAGAAACCCCCUCCAAGUACGUCCUGCAGCGUGCAGCGGCCUGGUCCAACCUCACGGUGAGGGAGACAGACGGCCUGAGAGACAGUGGACAGUACUGGUGCUCAGCUACCAACGCAGUGGGGGGAACAGAGAUUCCCAUUCACCUGCUGGUCAAGAGAUAUCCAAUGCCACCCAACGUGACUAUCAGUAAGCUUGUCUACAGUAGCCGUCAGCGGACAGAGGUGGACAUGGAGUGGUUUCUAAAGACUCAGGGAGACAUCACUGGUUUCAUUAUCGAGCGCCGUCGGCUACCACAGUCUGCAGGGAAACGAGACGCUGAUCCUCCGUGGCAAGAAGUGGCAGUGAACCUGGACCCCAGCACUCAGACCUACAAGAUGAGUGGUUUUGACCCAACUGGCCUCUAUGCAGUCCGACUCAUGGCUGUCAAUCAUCGCACCAUAGGACAUCCAUCAGAUGCAAAGAGCCCAGCUGACCCACCCUUCACGGCGUACUCUGCUGUGAUUGGUGCAGCCCUCGGGGGCAUGAUCAUAGCUGUAGUGGUCAUAGUGCUGCUCUUCAUAUAUAUUAUGAGGAAUCGCAACAACAACCCACGCCUGCAUGAGUUGCUGUUCGGCAUUAGGAACAGCUUGUCUAGGGAGAACAUAAACUUCCCUGAGGAUGAGAUCUCGGGGAGGGCAGAAGAUAUCAACCGAGAACAUAUUCCAGGACCAGUCAUGGAAGCCGCAAGACCAACAUUACAAGGCCUUACAUCUACAUAAAACAGUUACGGCUGCAAGUUCCAUAUCUGUCAAAUUUUAGAUAUUAGUUUUUUUUAUCCACUUAAGAGCCAAGUAAUUUUACAAGCCCUCAACUACAUAACCUAUCGUUAUCGAGUUCAUGCUGUCCAAAACGUUGAGCCCAUAGGAUGGGGCACUAGAUUGACAGAAGCUACUAUGAUUACUGGGAGUCAUACACUCUCACAUAACACAUUAGUUGGAUGACAUGGAAAUUAUUAUUACACAACCCUAACACAUCAUGCUAUGUUUGGAUUAAG